CACCGUCCCGGUGGCGUUGCGAGCAGAGGUGAGAGAGAGAGAAGAAUGGAAGAAACAAAGAAAAAGGAAGAAGAAGUGCUAACAUCAGUUCAUUCAACGGUGUUCAAAGAAUCAGAAAGCCUUGACGGAAAGUGUGCUAAGAUUGAAGGCUAUGAUUUCAACCGUGGAAUUAACUAUCCGCUGCUACUCAGGUCCAUGGCCACCACUGGGUUUCAGGCUUCGAAUCUCGGUGAUGCCAUCCAAGUCGUUAAUCAAAUGCUAGAUUGGAGGCUAGUUGAUGAAGCUGUGACUGAGGAUUGCAGUGAUCAUGAGAGGGACUUGGAGUACCGAAAAUCUGUGACUUGUAAAGUGUUUCUGGGUUUCACUUCUAAUCUUAUUUCCUCUGGUGUUAGAGACAUUGUUCGGUUUCUUCUUCAGCAUCGCAUGGUUGAUGUAGUUGUUACAACUACAGGUGGCAUUGAAGAAGAUCUUAUUAAGUGCCUUGCUCCAACAUUUAUAGGAGAUUUCUCUCUGCCUGGGGCGCAUCUACGCUCAAAAGGGUUGAAUCGGAUUGGUAAUUUGUUGGUCCCUAAUGACAACUACUGCAAAUUUGAGGAUUGGAUUAUUCCUAUUUUCGAUCAGAUGUUAAAGGAACAAAAUACCGAGAAUGUGUUAUGGACACCAUCUAAGUUAAUAGCUCGGUUGGGGAAAGAAAUAAACAACGAAAGCUCUUACCUUUACUGGGCGUAUAAGAACAACAUUCCAGUUUUCUGUCCGGGAUUAACCGAUGGCUCGUUGGGGGAUAUGCUGUACUUCCAUUCCUUCCGCAAUCCUGGUCUGAUUGUGGACAUAGUGCAAGAUAUAAGGGCAAUGAAUGGUGAAGCUGUUCAUGCAAAUCCCAGGAAGACGGGAAUGAUCAUUUUAGGAGGUGGCCUUCCAAAACAUCAUAUUUGCAAUGCCAAUAUGAUGCGUAAUGGUGCAGACUAUGCUGUUUUUAUCAACACUGCACAAGAAUAUGAUGGUAGUGAUUCUGGAGCGCGUCCUGAUGAGGCUGUUUCAUGGGGGAAAAUACGUGGAUCUGCUAAAACUGUCAAGGUCCACUGUGAUGCAACAAUAGCAUUCCCUCUGCUGGUUGCUGAAACUUUUGCUUCAAGAGUUAAACCUCACCACUGAUGGAGCCUAAAGACGAAUUUACUCUCAAGUUUGAUUUAGUUGUUUCGUGAUUGAUGAUGUUGACGUUUCAAUACGCUGUUGGUGCUUAACAUGGCAAUCAUUUGAUUCUUCUGCUGUACAUAGCAGAGGACACCAUGCAGGCCUUUUUAAUCAUUCCAAAGUAAUCCACUGAUCCUGACAGUGAGGAAGUCGGGAUUUGUAGAUGUAUUUGUAAUUUUUUCAUUGGAAAUUAUUGUACUACUAUAGUGUCAAGGUCAAAUAAAUCUUGAAAAACUAACUGAUCGUAUACGGUAUUUAUAAUUUUUUUCUAACUGGUGGCUGUAUUACAGGUUGGUGAAAAGUUAUGGCAGUACAACUAUUUUCUGCUAA